CAGGAGCGUUGGGGAUACAUUUGUCCUGAUGUGGCCAAGGAAUUCGCUAAAUACGAUGCAGAUCCAGACAAGUGGAUGAAGAAAUUUGAGGGAGUGAACCCUAUCAAUAAACAGGUGGAUAGAAUACAAAUUAUCCAAUGUAAACAUUUACUGAUACUGUAUGUUUCACUAUUGUGGUUUAGGUAAACUAAUGGAAUCUGUAAACAAAUUACAUUAACAAUUAAAUAUUAAAUGAUUUGACAUGCAGCCUAGUAGUGUAUUCAUCAGGGAUCGGGUGUAGAUUUCAUUGAAAGUCGUAUUUCAAUGCAAAGAUUUCACUCUCUGCUCUUUUUCUUUCAGAAAUUUUCAGUGGAUGUUGGUUAUGAAAGGUUUUUAGGACCGGAGAUCUUUUUCCAUCCUGAGGUAGGAUAGCAUGUUGAAUAGUGCAAAAAAUGAUAGGCCUUGCCGUAUGUAUAGUGGGGGUAAGUAAGUGUGGAAUUGAGGGGGGGGGGGGGGGGGCUAAUCAUCCUAACGUACAGCUGAGUGCUAAGCCGAAUUAUGAAGGACGCAGCUCAAGCUCAAGUGCUCAACCCGAUCGAGCUAGGCGAAGGCUUUCUGAGGAUGCCUCUGGCAGCCACUUUGUUACUGGUGUCUGAUGGCGGAGCACAGCUAUAUUGGAAGGGUCAGUUUGGGUGGUAUACCAACCCACCCUGUCAGCAUUCCCUGUUGAGGAGACUGGGGUACCCAGAGACAAAUCACGAAUUCCGGACUGGACUCUUUUCACUUAAGUGUCAUGAGUCUGCAGCGAGAAUCGAACCCACGAUCUCAGAGACGAAUGGCGCUUGGUCUGACGAGCCACCGAAGCCCUCAGUUUUGUAUAGUAUCCAAUUAAUAUUUUCUGUAAUCGUAGACGUAAUGAUAAAUACUGAACUUUAAUUUAGUUUUCAAAUCCUGAUUUCACCACACCAAUCUCAGAAAUUGUGGACACAGUUAUUCAGAACUGUCCAAUUGAUGUCAGACGACCUCUAUAUAAGGUAUGUGGAUGGUUUGGCAAUAAAAGACAGCUGGGUUUAUUCUAUCAACGCACAACAGCAGAGGAAUAAUAUGCACUUCUUUCCUAGUAUUCUCCCAAAUUCAUUUAUACUGGAUAGAUCUGUCAGUUUUAAACUGUUCUAACGUUACAUUUGUGUAAAACACCAAUCUUGAUAAAGUAAUCUUGCAUGUAAUAUAUGUGCACAACGGCAGAAGAAUAAUAAUGGUUUCCUAUCCUAUUAUUCGCGUAAGUUUGUGCUAAAGCAAUUUCCAGUUGUAUCCUACGGUUGGGAAUACCACAUUUCAGUAUUACCAACAACACACAACUGGAACAUUUAUUGCAUAACCUCUCUGUAAUCGAGUGUUACUACGGAGGGAAGAUGCGAUACCCGGAGAAAAUCGGUGGUGUUUGAUGAACAAGGAACCAGCUAGGUAGCCAUGCUAAAAUACGUCCGCACGCCACGUGGCUGAGGGUUGUAUGUAAUUGGAGAAUGGUAGAGCGUUUGGCAUCAGUUUAUAUCGUGUGUGGAGCAAACGUUUAGAAUGGGGAGUCAGCUCAAAAUAACAAUUGCAUUUAUCUAAACAUCAGUGCAAGUAGACUUGAAUCAAGUCCGUCUUUCUAGAGUCCGAGGGAUCGCGUGCGCCAAGCAUUCGUGCACCUCGCGCGGUGCGCUCGAUCUCUGUCACACUCUAGAGAGACGGACUUGAUCCGAGUUUACAGUCCAAUAACAGUAGUCGUCCCAGGCCACCCUUUGGUCAUCUGGACCAAUACUUCACAACCCAAACGGGUAAUUAUGGUGGACGAAGGUUUUAAUUAGAGGCAGACUGAAAGCACUCUUCUCACGUGCAACUGAGGUGGAAUUAUAAUCAGGCAACUACAUAGUACAGAAAUCUUGUCCCAGUCGCGUGCACAAGUCGAAAGCACAUGCACCAUUACGUAUUUCAAUCUUCUACGUAGAAUAUUGUGUUAUCUGGUGGUUCUACAAUGUUCAGAGAUUUUGGACGUCGUCUUGGACGUGAUGUGAAGAGAGUAGUGGAUUCACGUCUCAAGUUAAGUGAGCAGUUAAGUGGUGGACGUAUUAAGGUAACGUAUAUAUACAUCAAGAUAUACUCGCAAGGAAAUGAACUUUGCCCAAAUCAACAUACGCCAAUUUUUUCAUACCACUUUGUUUCAGCCUAAGCCAGUGGAUGUUCAAGUUAUUACUCAUCAUAUGCAACGCUAUGCUGUCUGGUUUGGUGGCAGUAUGCUUGCCUCGACAGUAAGUAUUAGAAAACACUAUCUUCUUAUUGGUGGGUUUAGUGAGACACACAUGCAAUAAUUAACUUUCUUUUCAGCCCGAAUUUUACUCUGUAUGUCACACGAAGGCGCAAUACGACGAAAUCGGACCGAGCAUUUGCCGUCAUAAUCCCGUGUUUGGUGUCAUGAGUUAGAGAGUCCAAGAUGUAAAUUCCACGUAAUAAUAAUUCAAGUUAGAUACAUUUCUAUAUGACAAAAUCUCUGUGAAAUACAUGCUAGAUAGUUGUUCGUGCCCUGUGAUUGAAAUUUGGUAAUUAAGGACUAUCUGGCUAAAUACAGUACCGUACGGAAGUAAUCUUACACUGCCGUUCGCUCGUGGUAUGGUUAGAUAGCGAUAUUUGGUUCGAUAUACCGCAUAUUAUUCAAUUAAGCUCGGGUAUUGUUAGGUUAUUUCUGAGCGGUACUGAAUAUCGUUUGAAGAAAGGCAGUUCUAAUAUAGAGAAAGGUUUUUGGUAUGACAUCGCCUGAGGA